UGACAUGAGGACUAUAGUCGGAGAGUACAAUGUAACUCUUGUUUAUCCGGCUUGACAGGGAAGGGAAUCCUACACAUGAUCGAGGUAUAGUGUCAAACUGAACAUCUAAUUCGAAACAAUAAGGCAAUCGUUUACGAAUGUUGAAUUUUAAUGGAUCAACUUUAUUCAAGUUCCGCCAUUUAAUAGUGUGAGAUCAUUAUCUGAACACUUGGCAGAAAUAUGCAGGCAAUAGCCUACAACUUAGAAAACAUACGUAUAGACUGACUAUAGUUUAUUAAAGAAUUCUGGUGUGGGUCACGUGAUAUUAUUAUUUCUGCUAGCCUAACUUGUAGGUCUACAUAUUACAUUUGAGGCCAAAAAAGUCUAAUGGUUGUGAUUUUAUGAGGGGUACAAUUACUAUUGAGAAAGCCUAUCAGUUUUUAUUGCAACUGUGUGUGUGUGUGUGUGUGUGUGUGUGUGUGUGUGUGUGUGUGUGUGUGUGUGUGUGUGUGUGUGCGUACCAGGAUGCUGAUAUCCUCUUGCGAAAGGACUCCCACUGAUCAAACAGACAUGGAUGUAGAGAAUGGAGAGCUGUUUUUCGGACACAAGGAGGACAGUAUGACAGAGGAGAGUUGGGGACUGGAAGGGCCAUUUUCUUGCUCUGAUGUCAUCUAUGCUGGCUCUGAAAAACCCCUGGAUGAAUGCACGGUAGACCCCCAAAGUGGUCUAAACGACAGCGAGCCAGAGGAUGUGCUUUAUGCCAUCAACCCAAAUGAUGUCUUCCCUACCAGAGCCCCAGUGGAGACCUCCUCAGAGAGCGACAGUGGCAUCUCUGAGGAACCUUGCUCCGAGAGCCCCCUAGCUGCCACGGUGGACCCCUCUCAGGCCUCCACAACUAUCUAUCAGGUGGUCUAUGACAUCAGCACCCUGGCCAACAUCAAGACGGAGCCAGAGCAGCAUAGUGUCGAUGUCAUUUCCAUAGAACUCGAUGAGUGGCGUUCUCAGAUGUUGAUCUCGGAGUCCUGUAUUGUCAACGAGUUACCCCUAGUAUCCGCUGGGAGAUUUGACCAUGGUCACCUUUCUACCCACUCUGCUUCCACCUCAGGCCCCACCAGUCCAGACAGCCCACUGCUUUACCCUGACCUCACGCUGACUGAGGAGGAGCAGAAACUGCUGAACCAAGAGGGGAUCUCUCUGCCGAACAACAUGCCCCUUACCAAGGCUGAGGAACGGAUUCUGAAAAAAGUGAGACGCAAAAUACGCAACAAACAGUCAGCCCAGGACAGCCGUCGCAGGAAGAAGGACUAUGUGGAUGGGCUUGAGAGCAGGGCAGCGGCUUGCUCAGCGCAAAACCAAGAGCUGCAGAGGACCGUGGAACAGCUGGAGAAACACAACAUGUCUCUCCUGGCUCAGCUGCGUAGACUACAGUCGCUGAUCAAGCAGACGGUCACUAAAGCAGCACAGACCAGCACCUGCGUCAUGAUUAUCCUCUUCUCUCUGGGCCUCAUCAUCUUCCCAAGUUACAGCCCCUUCAACUGGGGCGCCUCAUCCAUAGAAAAGGACUAUACACCAAAAGGGGUUAUCUCCAGAAACAUCCUCACAGAUCCUGCUUCAUCCUUGCAAGCUUCUGAGGAUGUGGAUAACCAUAUCAUCCAGCCAGAUUCCCCACCCGUUUCCCGUGACCUCAGUCAAUCAGAUCCCCCAGAUGCUUCCAGAAUACUAAAGCAACCAAUAGAAAGUCCCGAAAUCACUGACAUUGAGGGUGUGGCCCUGGAGGAGAGCCAACCAGGGAACAGCUCGACUCUGGUUGACGGGCAGACUGAACCUCUGGCCCUGGGCCUGGUGUCCGCAACGGGAAAAGGGAGCACAAGCCUUGACCCCACCAAACCAGCCCACGCUGAUGAGAUGUAGACAGUGUUGAUUAACUAGUUUGACUGCAUUCCAUUUGCUUUAUAGAGCUCUUCAAAGCUCCUUGCAUUCAUUAUGGACAAUGGGAGGAAUAUGCUGGGGCAAUCCAAUAUGCUGCCCCAUCACAACAUUGGUUUUCAACCAGACCCCAUUGGGUGCCUUCAAUGUCUAACCAUUGCCUUACUCUUUUUUGGUGCUGUGGUGCAAACAAGGUUUAAUCUGGGAUUCGGUGGAAUGGUCUUCAAAAUGGGUUAAACAUUUUUGACUUUUCUAUUUAAGCGCCACUUCUUAAUGUUUGUAUGGUAAAGGUUUCAGUACAUUUCUAACUUUGAACUCCGAGGAGUUAGUUAGUACAUCCUGUGGGAAGGAUGAAGGUUGUUAGAUUGUAGCCUCAAAACACCACAGAUAUGAAUAUAUUGUUUUGGUUAUGCAUACUUUAAGUAAGUCUUAGUGUACAACACACACACUCCUUGAAAGUGAGCCUACACCGAUGGAUUAUGUUUUUGACUAACUACCUUAGUCGUGUGUACAUUAAAAUGUUUGUGAAACUGCCUAGCUAGUUUCUGACUGGCAUCUGUGCUCAAUGUAGUUUGCAGCUCCCAUAACUGAAUGCUGAGAGACUCAUUUUGCACUGUAAGCAAACUGGUAUAUCUUUUGUGUGUACUUAAAAAUGUUCUUUGGCCCUCAUUCGGUUAAGAGAUAAACAGUGUGUACAAUCCAAACAUGUCCUUAUCUUAAGCAUGACAUUGUGGUCCAAAUGUAUACUCUUCACAGAACUUGCUAUCCUAAUUUUAGUGGUUGCUGGUGUCCUAUUUUAUGUGCUUUACUUUAUAUUUAUUAAAUGGAACAAUACUG